AUCCCCUCCACUCUGGGGAAAACACCCCAGCGAUUACAAGCUCCUCAUAUUUCCAAACGGCGGGGCUACUACAUGAUGCGACAGUCGACCAGGUUGGUACUCCCUCCGUCCACUCAAACGAUUGGUCAGAGAGUCAAUGGCAAUGGGCGCUCUUAGAAUUGCGAAUCAUUUCGCCGCCUGAGCUAACACGCACCAGUUGCAAGUCCAGGGACCGCGAUCAUUUCUCCGCUGCAGCUUCUGGACGGCAGAACGUGGUAAUAUUAUAAACGGCGAGGGGAGAUAGGAUGUUUCGCGGACUAGAAUGUAAGUAUGCAGGGGGCAAGGUGGGAAACUGAAACAGUGACGGGGCUGUGUGAGAGAUUGGGUUUUGUUUAAUUAACUUGGAGAUGUUAGUGGGACCAUUGCAAUGUGCAGCAACGAACUGGUUUCGAUUCGUCACGUUUAAAUAUUCCUGGCUCUCUUUUUUUUUCCCCUGCAUCAGAAUUCGCGAUCUGUUAGAAAACAUUUUGUUCAAACAUCCUCACACUCGCCCACGGUCUGCUGUCUUCUGUUCGACGGCUUUCCAGUUAUCGAAGAGUCCUUUUGGUAAGCUGACGCGAGCAAUGCAGGACAGACGCAAGAGGUCAGUGCUCAGUAAAAUCAAUUGUAACUGGCGACUCUCUGGUUGGAAUUGAAAUGGGCUUUCUUUCAGCUAGGGGUGGGGCAUGUUGAUGAGAUAUAGGGGAUGUAAGUGUCAACUGGAAGUCAAUACCGUUCAGACGCGUACUGGCUAUCAGAGCGGUUCGAGAGAACAAACUGUUGUCCAUUGACUUGCGUGCGCUCUUCCCCUCCCUGCAGGACCCUGUCGGUGGGAGAGAAGGGCAGACCCAGGGAACUGUAAAGUGGACCUGAAAAUUCUUCGCCAAAGCACCGGGAACUUCCUCGGCCUCCUCCUCUCGAACAGCGGCGCAGGGCGAGACGUGGGUGGUUCCCAACGCUGAGUUUGAGGCUUUUCCGUGAAAGUUUUGUACAAAAGUGAGGUCUCUUCUCCCCCCACCCCGUCCCCCCCGACUCCCCCAUCCCCCAUCUCCCAGAUGAAAUGGGGCUCCUCUCGGAAAACAAGACCUCGGUUCUCAUCCAGAACUGCACGGCUUGCAGUCACCCGGUGAAUCCCACCCGAGCAGUGGUGUUGGGCAUUGUGCUGGGAUCUUUCAUUCUCUUCGCCAUCCUGGGGAACAUACUGGUCGUCCUCUCCGUGGCCUGCCACAGGAACCUGCAGACGGUGACCAACUACUUUAUUGUCAACCUCGCCAUCGCCGACCUCCUCCUCAGCUGCUCGGUGCUGCCCUUCUCCGCUACCAUGGAGAUCCUCGGCUACUGGGCAUUUGGGCGCGUCUUCUGCAACAUGUGGGCGGCCAUGGACGUCCUGUGCUCCACCGCGUCCAUCAUGAGUCUGUGCGUUAUUUCAAUCGACAGAAAUAUCGGAGUGAGCUACCCGUUAAGACACCCGAGCAUCAUGACGGAGAAGAGGGCUUUGUUGACUCUGGUAGCGGUUUGGAUGCUGGCUCUGGUUAUAUCCGUUGGCCCGUUGUUCGGGUGGAAGGAACCUCCACCACAAGACGAGACCAUCUGCAAAAUCACCGAGGAACCGGGCUACGUCUUGUUCUCCGCCUUUGGGUCUUUCUACGUUCCCCUGACCAUCAUCCUUGUUAUGUACUGCAGGGUGUACAUUGUAGCCAAACAAGAAACCAAGGGUCUGUACGCUGGGACCAAGAGAGAGAGGCUGCGGGAGGACCAGGUAACCUUACGCAUCCACCGCAGAGACAACCAGGCGGAAAGCUCCCCACGACUGUCCGACCACGGCUCCAAAAGCAAAAGCACUCAACUUAAGACGCACUUUUCGAUCUUACUUUUCAAGUUCUCCAGAGAGAAGAAAGCCGCCAAGACCUUAGGAAUAGUGGUGGGAGGCUUUAUACUCUGCUGGCUCCCGUUCUUCGUGGUUCUACCUGUCGGUUCCUUUUUCCCAGCAUACAAACCGCCAGAGAUUAUCUUCAAAAUAGCAUUUUGGCUCGGCUAUUUCAACAGCUGCAUAAACCCAAUUAUAUAUCCUUCUUCAAAUCGAGAAUUUAAAAAGGCAUUCCAGAAUAUUCUGAAGGGCCAGUGUGGGCACAGAACACGUUCGUCCUUGGGUGACGUGCCAGUGAGCAACCACGGCAAGGAAGGGGACAGGGAUCUGAGACGUUUCUCCCUGGGAUCUCAGGAAGCUUUCUACAAGGUCUCAAAGUCGGGCAGGGUGUGUGAAUGGAAGUAUUUUUUGGAUCAUGGAUCAGGAUGCAAAUGCAAUCCAAAUUGUCGGCAUCUGGAGGGAGGAGGUGGCUCGAAUAUAUGUUCCUGUUGCACUGUCUCCAACCUCAGCACAGCGAGUAUGAAACUGCACACUGACUCCAUUGGUGAUGAUGGGGAUCCUGUUUAAGCGAGGAGCCCUCGAUGAAACAACUACCCACACUGAACAUUGUUUCCACACACACUGAAAAAUUGCAUCUCAAAACUUUUCCAAAUGUGCUUAUUGCCAUGUCUGAACAUAUGUGAUAAAUUUAAAACGAUACUAAAGAAUUGCCAAGUUAUGUGCAAUCUAUUUCUGACAAGGACAGGAUCUCCAGUCUGGUGCAUAACACCCUGGGAGAGA